AAAGACAUGACUUCUGCUUCUCAGGUGUGUACUAUUCUCAGAGCAACCAAAGAUAACUUUCGCGGUACAGUUUCUCAUUCGGCACAGUGCACUGAUGCAGUGGGCAAUAUAUACUUACGACCACAACGGAUGCGCAAGACACACCUGAACGGAUACCGGCGGUCCGUCCAAUCCGCCGCAAAGAACGACACUCCUGCAGCGCGCAAGCUUGCGUUGGUCGCUCCCAUGAUCAAGAAUUCAAAUUUGCCUCUAUGAAGGUUGCCUAAAUUGUGAAUGACAUGGGGCCCAACCAGCUUCUUUCCGUCGGCUGCAGUUCUAAUUGGAGGUCAUUGGCAUCCUAACCACCAUGCGGCGGUCGAUUCCAUGCAUUGAAGUAUGAAGACUUUCUCCCGACGUUACUGCGUCGAUCCAGCCAAGGCAAAUAACCUCAAGGUUACGUUUCUCACAUGGAGCUAGACGUGUCUGCUAUAAAGGUCGGAUGUAAUGCUUAUCCUAAAGACCAGAACGCUCCGCAGGGCACCCUUUGUCUAGUCUCCGUAUCCAAAAGUCUCUACGAUGUUUCAAUUCACGUCUCUCUUCGCCCUUACUGCCUUAGCUGCUGCGACUUCCGCUGCUCCUAGUUCUGGCGACUGUACCGGAACCAUCUCUUCCUUGGAUGAUGUUGCUGCCGCCGUCAAAUGCAUUACCGUCGUCAUCAAUAGCUUUACUGUUCCCGCCGGUGAGACCCUCAACUUGAAUUUGCUCUCGGGAUCGACAGUUACCAUGAGUGGCGACGUGACGUUCGGCAACAAGACUUGGGCAGGCCCCCUUUUCCAAGUGAGUGGUACCAACAUCAACUGUAAGUCGAAAUUGUGUGCCUCUCUUCUUAAUUCACCUUCGAGUACCUGUGUACUAGUCAAUGGCAAUGGCCAUACCUUCGACGGUAACGGCCCAUUCUAUUGGGAUGGUCAAGGCGGAAACGGCGGCGUAACGAAGCCGGCACCCAUGAUGAAAAUAAAAAUCUCUGGAACCUUCACUAACGUCAAGGUCUUGAACUCGCCAGCGAGAACUUACAGCGUUUCCAACCCCGCAGCACUGACAAUAUCCAAGCUGACUAUUGAUAACUCGCUCGGCGAUCAACCGAAUUCCAAGAGUGGCGGCAAAGCUGCAGGCCACAACACUGAUGGCUUCGACUGCAGCACGACGGACCUGGUCAUCGAGGACAGUACUAUAAUGAACCAAGACGAUUGCCUUGCAAUCAACAAGGGCAGUAACAUUACAUUCCAACGGAACACCUGCUCCGGCGGCCAUGGCAUCUCCGUUGGUUCCAUCUCGAGCGAUGUGACUGUCUCCAAUAUCAACAUCAUCGGAAAUACUGUUAUCAACAAUGAUCAAGCUCUGCGAAUCAAGACCAAAGCUGACGCUACAGACUCGACUGUCAGUGGUAUCACUUACACUGGAAAUACGGCAACGGGAAUGCGUGAGUUUGGUGUGCUGAUCGAUCAGAGCUAUCCCGAUACCCUCGGCACCCCUGGAACUGGUGUGAAGCUUUCGGGUGUGAACUUCGUCGGAGCCCAGAACACCAUCUCUGUCAACAGCGGCGCUCAGCGAGUUGCGGUCAACUGCGGCAGCGGUUCUUGCACUGGAUCCUGGGAUUGGUCUGCUUUGACGGUGACUGGAGGCAGCGCAGGCAAGAUCGUAAACUUCAGUGGUAUCAAGAACUUUAGUCAGUGAGAAGCCUGUUUGGCGUAGUCUUAUAUUCGCUGGAAUGUUUUCGCUACAUACUUCUACCAAAAUGUCGUUGUCGUUGUCACUGCCAACCCAAGAUCUGAAUCCAUCGUGUCCACUCUG